AUGACCACCUUGAGGAACAUCAGCUCUUCCGGUUGCCAUACCGGCUCUCUCAAGGAGCCUGUUCCGUCUCAAGUCUUAUGGACUCAAGAACCACUCAAUCUUCCCGACUACGACUAUCAACAAUACAUGAAAGAUGACCAGAUAUUGCAUCAGGUCAUCUGUCAGCUUCGAACCCAUGGAGUUGCUUUCGUGACUGGCAUUCCCGGCGUGGAAGAGUCUUUGGCUACUAUCGCAACACGGAUUGGUCCGAUCAAAGAUACAUUCUACGGUUACACGUGGGACGUCCGAACUGUCCCGGCCGCUAUCAAUGCUGCAUAUACAUCGCAUGAUUUGGGUUUCCACACGGAUUUGCUCUACUUCCAACAACCACCUCAUAUCCAACUCCUUCACUGCAUCCAGUCUGCGUCCUCUGGAGGAGCUAGUGUGUUUGCAGAUGCCUACAAAGCCGCCGUCGACUUGUUUCACACGGACAUCGAGGCGUUUGAUAUUCUUGCGACAGUUCCCGUCAACUACCAUUACAAUCAUCCUGAUUCAAAUGUGUACAAGACUACCAAGCCUGUUAUUGACCUGAAGGAGCUCCGCAUUGGGGAAACCGUUUACACUCACAUCCAAGACUAUGUGAAGGACAUGCACGCACUUCACGGUCGAGACGGGGGAUUUGAGUGGAGUGAGGCCUCACUCGUGAACUGCAUGGACAAGAUCAAUUGGGGUCCCCCAUUCCUCGCACCCUUCUCUCUGCAUGAUUCCUCUACUCAUCCAGAGCCUUCGAAAUCCCCCGUCUCGGAUCUGAAUAGCAAAGUGGACAGAUGGCAUCAGGCAGCCGUAAAGUUCAACGCAUUACUGCAGAGGCCCGCGUAUUUGUUCGAGAGGAAGAUGAAACCUGGAGAGUGCGUUUUGUUUGAUAACACAAGGACACUCCAUUCGCGCAGGGCAUUUGACAUGGCCGACGUUGGCAAGCCACGAUGGUUGAGAGGCACGUAUGUGGAUAAGGACGCGUACUUUAGCAAGCUUCGUGUGCUACAGCAUAAGAUUCGAACGCCUAAUUGA